AUGACUGACGCUCUAUCACUGAGCUGUAGGGACUAUUUGUUCCAAAUGGCUGCUUCAAUCUUCCAGAAAUUCAUGAGAAGCAAGAAUCUAUAUUCCACAAAAUUGCUCCCACAUCCUCCAUUACCGCCACCAUAUUUGCUUACUCAAAUCCCUCAAACCACUAUAUUAGCUGAUCAAGCCCCACUUUACCGUCACCGGAAAAUAGCGGAUUCAAGAUUGGAUCCUCCCAUUUCUUCACAAUUCUACCCGAGCUUUUCUUUUGGGUUUUUUCUGCACCCAGUUUCUUCUUCAGUAGGAUCAAUUCGAUCUGAACCCGAUGACGAAACCGUUGCUGGGAGUUCUCACGCUAUCUGGGCUGAUAGUGUGAAGAAGAAGAGGAAGAGGAAGAUGAAUAGGCACAAGUUGAGGAAGCUAAGGAAAUCUCUCAAGAACAAAACGUAG